AUGCAGCCCCAACUUCUCCGCAUCGCCCAAAGCCAACGCACCCCCUUCGAGAAGCGCGUCUGGACAGCCCUCUGCCAGAUCCCGCGCGGCAGAGUGACCACGUACGGCCUGCUGUCGGCGCACUUGGGCACGUCGCCGCGGGCCGUGGGCAAUGCGCUGCGGAGGAACCCGUUCGCGCCAGACGUGCCGUGUCAUCGCGUGGUGGCGACGGGAGGGACGCUGGGCGGGUUCAAGGGGAGCUGGCCCAAGGAUGGGGAAGGGAUUACGAUUACGGAGAAGAAGAGCUUGUUGAGAGGCGAAGGAGUGAGGCUCGACGAUAAGGGAAGGGUGCUAGGGACGGUGUGGUCUGGGUUUGAGUAA